AUGUUGAUGAAAUUAAAGGUGUUAAUUUUAUUUUCGAUUGGUGCAGUACAAGUUUCUCGUUCGGCAAUUAUGGCCCAAAAUCCCACGGUAUCAAAUUUGUUGUUAUUUGAUUUUCAAAAUGCGACCGAUUUAAAUAACUGGACAGAACAAUCUGACACUGUGAGAUCAGCAGGAAAGUCAAAAGCAACAUUUGAUUUAUAUAAAACUCAAACUAAUCAGUCUGCAAUCUUAUUCACAUUGCUAAAUCCACUACCAAACGGUGCAUGUUUCAGUGGCGUCCGUACAUUAACACAAUUAAACCUUGAGGGAUAUGAAUAUAUAUCAUUUGUAUGCAAAACCACGGGAAAUGCCACUACAUACAAGAUUAUUUUAAGGCAUAAUAAUUUAAAUGACGAGCCAAACCCAACUUAUGAACAAAAAUUUAAGGUUAACACGGAUUCAGAUACAACAGUGAAAAUGCCAAUUUCACAAUUCCACCCUUAUUAUAGGGGUAAAGAAAUAAUAGAUGGACCUGCACUAAAUGUGAAAAAUAUUACCAACUUUGGUAUUCAAGUCGCUGGAGGCGUUUAUGAAAAUUUUAAACAAUCAGGAUUAUCGUCUUUAGUGGUGGAUCAAAUUUGGGCAGAACCCUACGGAAAUGCAAACUGA